AUGUUCAUCAACAACAAGCACAAUACCAAUCAACUGGAGCAUUUCAUUCAUGCUGUGCGAUCCGAUCCAGAAAAUUUUGGCCAAAAAUCAUUUGUCGUUAUCGGUGUGCAUGGCUGGUUUCCCAUGAAGCUUGUGCGGAGCAUGGUCGGUGAACCUACCGGGACUUCCGCCAGGUUCUGUGAAAUGAUGGUGCUCAGCUUAAAACGCUAUUUUGAAACUGAGCAUCAAUUGACGAUACCAGAUCAGUGCAUUACCGUGAUUCCUCUUGAAUGGGAAGGAAAAGUGGAGGACCGCGUGGAAAAUUUGUACCGCAUUUUACUUGAAAACGAAGCAUGGGUCACUGCCUUGAAAGCAGCCGAUAUGGUGCUGUGGGCCACGCAUUCCCAAGGCACGCCAGUGUCAACCAUGUUACUGCAUAAACUCAUCGACGCCGCUUACAUCCAAGUCCCAAGGCAAUCCGUCUGCUUAUUGGCCAUGGCAGGCAUAUCGCACGGCCCUUUUCCCUACUUGAAAGGUAGCAUUAUUGUCAAGUACUUUGAAGCCGAUGCCGCACGGGAAUUGUUUGAUUUUAUGGAUUCCAACAGUGACAUUUCAACAAAGUUCCGUAUGUCAAUGGCGUAUAUUCUUCGACAGAAUGUCAAAACGGUGCUCGUCGGUUCCAUGCAAGAUCAAGUGGUUCCUCUCUACUCGGCCAUUAUGAGCGGCACUUCCCAUCCCAAUAUUUUGCGAGCGAUUUACAUUGACGGGCAUAUUUUCUCUGAAAAUGAUUUCCUUAUCAACUUGAUUACACUCGCUUUGCGUUUACGGAACGCUGGAUUUUCCGAUCAUGGUCUGCUGACCCAUAUCAGUGAAGUGCUCGCGGGUAACCUGUACUCGUGGGAAGGCGGCCAUUCCACCAUCUAUGACGAACUGGGCGUCUAUACCAUUGCUAUCCGUUACUUGUUCGAAACCCAGCCUCUUGGCAAACGAAAAUUAAUGGAACCUCGUUCACCGGCUUCGACGGUGGCUGCCGGCGCAGCAGUGGCGUCCUCCAACCAUGUCACCCCGCGAACCACCAAAGUCGCCGCGGUGGAACCCAAAUUGGAUCAAUUCAAUGCCAAAGUGCGACUCAAUCCAUUUUAUCUUCCGUGGGCAAUGCGUGGAAUUUAUGACGAUGCGCGCGUCCAAGGUGACGAAUUCUUUCAUCGCGAACUACUGAGACUGCAAGAUCUCUUUGACCGAUGGCAACCCUCGAGUUCCAAAUUAAAGGAAAUCAAAUUUAGGCUCGAACCGCUGAAAGCACGAUUAUAA